AUGAUAUGUUAUUGAUUCGAAUAAUAAAACAACAACGUCUUGUCGGUGUAGGGUUUCGAAAAUUAUUUGGUUUCGGUAUUAGAUUUCUUGCAGUUACCUCCAGAAAAGCUACCUUUUUCUGUUCAUUUACUGUACGAAGAGAUCACUAAGACAGUGGUAUGCACGAAGAGAUCACCGAGGCUACCGCCUUAACGUCGGGUACCCCAAAGCCAAGAUAUGCCUUUGAAUCAAGCUUCACCAAGCUUAGAAAACGUCGGGUGAGGCAAUUUCAGUGUUGCAUUUGCUCCAUUUUCUUAAGUAUUAUUGUUACGGUUAUUGUCGCUUCCGUUGCAUGGGGAAUAAAUGAUUACCGCCCGGAAGAGGAUACUACAAAUGAAACAUUAGUUCUCUUACAAGAAAAUUGGCCUUUACCGGAUGAUUCAACUGAGUAUCAAUUAGCUUUGAAAGCUGGAAAGAAGGCUUUGAAGGAACGGAAGGAUAUCGAAGAGAAUGCUGCAGAGUUGGAACCCGAUUCCGCUAGUUAUAGGCACCAUAUGGUUGUGGCUACUACACCAAUGGCUAGGAAAUUAUCCAUGGUUGGAUUUGCAGAAGUCCAAGCUGCCAGAUAUCUGAAUGAUCGCAACCUAAGCAAGAUUUGCCACAAGACCAAUUCCAUUUGGUUCUCGGAUUAUUGCGAUAUUCCGAAACCUGAAUGCAAUCCUUACAAGAAAUAUAGAAGUUACAAUGGCAGCUGUAACAAUUUAAGUCAAGGCUACGGAGUCGCCUACAGUCCGUUCAGGAGAAUUUUGCCUCCUGAUUACGCAGAUGGUGUGAACGCUCCGAGGAUGGCGAAAAGUGGAAAAGAUCUGCCUUCGGCGAGAACGGUGAGCUUGAUCGUCCAUCGGCCUAUCUAUAACGCCGAUCCUAAAUUUACAGUUAUGCUAGCUGUUUUCGGCCAAUUCCUAGACCAUGAUAUUACGGCUACAGCCGUAAGCCAGGGAAAGAACGGUAAAUCUGUGUCUUGUUGCCCAGUUAAAGAUCGAAGACAUCCAGAAUGUUUUCCAGUCAUUUUGGAGAAUUCCAAAUGUAUGGAAUUUGUAAGAUCCGCACCUGGACCAACAUGCUGUAUGGGUCCAAGGGAGCAGAUGAAUCAAGCCUCUGCUUAUAUCGAUGGUUCUGUUAUUUAUGGUUCUGAUGAAAGUGUUGCUAAUGAGUUGAGGACUUUCCAGGGUGGAGAAUUGAGGAUGUUGGUUGUUGACAAUAGGACGCUGCUGCCAAUUUCGCGCAAUUUGAGUGAUGGUUGUAAUAGGGAAGAGGAGAAUAAUAAAGGGCGUUAUUGCUUCCUGAGCGGAGACGCAAGGGCUAACGAAAAUUUACAUUUAACGAGUAUGCAUCUACUUUGGGCAAGGCAGCAUAAUUUAGUUGCUGGGAGAUUGAGAGAAGUGAAUCCUCAUUGGGAUGAUGAGAGAGUUUUUCAGGAGACGCGGAAGAUUAUUGGGGCUUUACUUCAGCAUAUCGCUUAUAAUGAAUUUCUUGCAAUCAUUUUGGGAGAUUUCAUGGGGAAAUUCGAUUUGGAACCUAUGAAGGAUGGUUACUAUUUCGGGUACAACGCAAGCCUCGACGCUGGUAUUUCCAACGUGUUUGCAGCUUCCGCCUUCCGAUUCGCCCACACCCUCAUACCCACGCUGGUCAAGAUGAUCGACGGGGGAAGCAAGGCCGAGUUCGUGGAGCUGCACAGGAUGCUGUUCAAUCCCUUCGAGUUAUAUAAGAGGGAGGGUUUCGAUAAGGGAUUAAGGGGUGCGAUCAACGACAGCGUGCAGGCGGUCGAUCCGUACUUCACGGCCGAGCUGAAGGAGCAUAUGUUCGUGAGAGACGGUAGGAAAGGCUCGUGCGGGCUUGACCUGGUGUCACUGAAUAUCCAACGAGGUCGUGACCAUGGUUUGGCUGGGUAUACCAGCUGGCGUACGCGGUGUGCCUUGCGACGGCCCCACAGCUUCCAUCAUCUGAAGGGGGACAUCGACGAUGACUCACUCGGCCACAUUCAAUUCAUUUAUAGUGACGUUGACGACAUUGAUCUUUAUACUGGAUCGUUGAGCGAGAGGCCGUUAGAGAAUAGUUUCCUGGGUCCGACGGUGACGUGCCUCCUGUUGGAUCAGUUCGUGAGGUUGAAACGAGGUGAUCGCUUCUGGUAUGAGAAUCCUUCGGUAUUCACGCCUAUGCAACUACAACAGAUCCGAAAGGCAUCACUGGCUAGGAUCAUAUGCGACAACUCCGACAACGUAAGAUCGGUACAACCGGAGGUGAUGAAAAGAGGAACCGGAAGUAACAAGGCUGUGGACUGUGGAUACAUCGAUCAGCCGGACUUCAAUCAUUGGAAGGAAGAGCUGAAGAAGGUACCGGUAGGACCUCGACCUGUCGAGCCUAGACGCUCUCCCGAUGAACCUUCUGCCGUUGCCAAAGUAUGAAUGAGUUCGCGUUCUUAAAAAUAGUCUAGAGAGUAAAUAAGCUUAAGGUAAAUGGGAGCAUUUUAGGCGAGAAAUAAUACACGUUCCGCUUGUAAGGAACGCUUGAGAAAAAUCCAAAACCCAUGUUAUUUACACGGCACAAUUGUUUUCAUUGCCUUGUGGCUCCACCGAUAUAUAAAUGCAAUUUACGUAAUAACUACAUCACUUUUAAUGGUAAUAUCGAAACGUGCAAACAACAAUAACUUUAAGUGGAACAAUUAUACAAUAAUUUAGAAAAUGUAUUUAAUUGUAGGAGUAAAUUACACGCAUUAGCUGUUAUUAAACGAUGAAAAUAAUGAAAAAGAAAUAAUAUAUAUUUAGAAUAGAA